UUGGAGUCAAAUAAAAGACAUUCACCCACUCCUGUAGUAGUAAAAAAAAAAAAAGAAAAGAAAAGAAAAAAGCUAAAGUCUGGUGUGAACGGAGCGUGUGAGAGGUUUUCACCUCUGAGCGGCGGACAAGUUUAAAUGUGCCGCAUGUCAGAGCGCUUUCUCUCCUAGGUGAGGAUAAAUCAGUCCAGACUCUGCUGCUUUUGUUGUUAUUUUUCUUCUUUUUUCUCUCUCUUCCUUUUUACUGGCAAUCUGAGUUAAGCUUAUGACUUUUGACACACUCCGGGAGCGACGCUGCAAAUGGGCGGCAUAGGUGGCAGCCUCUACCUCAGCAUGUUGAAUGGGACUGAAGCGCAAACUCUCGGAAAGAGCGUCGACAUCAGCAGCCACCUCCACCGCGGCGGCAAGGAUCUAGCCGAGUUUAAGAUGGGCAUCCAGGACGCCCGCUUCUACUAUCCGGACUCGGUCCAGGGCGGACAGGACCCUCUGACACUGCCCUACCACCCGGAGCCGACAAUGGGGGGUUACGGGGCGCAGCCCGGCAGGUUUUACGCGCAGAGCUCCUACGGCGGCGUGCGCUCUCCGCAGAGGAGUGGCGCCGGGCAGGGAUACGUCCCCGCGGCGGGAGAGGGGUUUCCCACUGGAGGUAAAGACCCGGUGUACUCCCCCUCUGUGGAGAACUACCCGGCGGGCUUCCAGCACGGCUACCAGCGGCCUCUCUACCCUUUACCUGGGCUGCAGGUGUGCGGGAAGACCCAGGUUCUGCUAAAUAACUAUCCACUGUGGGCCAAGUUUCACAAGUUCCAGACCGAGAUGAUAAUCACCAAGCAGGGCAGGAGGAUGUUUCCCUUCCUGAGCUUCAACAUCAGCGUGCUGGAUCCGUCUGCCCACUAUAACGUCUACGUAGACGUGGUUCUGGCCGAUCAGCACCACUGGAGGUACCAGGGAGGCAAAUGGGUCCAGUGUGGGAAAGCAGAGGGAAACAUGCCAGGGAAUCGGAUGUACAUGCACCCUGACUCUCCUAACUCAGGGGCUCAUUGGAUGAGACAAGAAGUGUCAUUCAGCAAGCUUAAGCUCACCAACAACAAGGGCAGUACCAACAACGUGGCACAGAUGAUUGUGCUCCAGUCGCUCCACAAGUACCAGCCACGUCUUCACAUAGUGGAGGUGAAGGAGGACGGCUCAGAGGACCCCUUCCUGUCCUCUAAAGCUCAGACGUUUGUCUUCCCAGAGACGCAGUUCAUUGCUGUCACCGCUUAUCAGAAUGCAGAUAUCACUCAGCUGAAAAUAGACCAUAACCCCUUCGCAAAAGGUUUCCGCGACAAUUACGACACGCUCUACGCUCCUCCUGACUCUGAUCGCCUCACCCCUUCCCCUACAGAGGGCCAACAGUUGUUACCCGGGACCUGCUACCCACAGAGCUACCUUUCUGAACAAUAUAUUAGCCCCCUGUCGCAAACCCGCUUCUAUGGCCGUGAUCACAUCGGCAUGGGCCAGCAGCACAAAGACCCGUCCUCUAGCCCUGGACCCCACAGUCGCUGGUACCUGCCCCCACAGCAGAACUUACCACCGAACCGGCUUGACUUCACAUCCUCCUAUGAGGGGGACUUUUCUGGAAAUGGCUUCUACAAGCCGUUCCCCCUGCAGACGUCCGCUCACCAUGCCCUCAGCUACUACCCAGAGCAUCCUUUUGCGUCGAGCAGCGUAUCAGUAUCAGCUGCCGGGUCAGCAGGAUGGAGCACUAGCAGGCACACCACACAGUAUCCCAGCAAACCCGCCCCCAGUCUGAGCUGGUUCAGACCCAUUUCGUCCUCCUCUUCCUCCUCGUCAUCUUCCACGCCCCCCGGGAACCCCAGGCUGCACCCACCCUUGCUCCUGGAGUCCCUGCAGCCGCCCGUGCUGCAUGAAAAGCCGAAAGACCUCACCGGAGUGGCAGCGGAGGACCCCUGGCUCGAGCCACCCUCCGUCAAAUCAGCAGACUCGGCUGACUCAGGCAUGUUCGAGGGAAACAAGAAGAGGAGAGUCUCGCCCUACACGUCCAGCACUGAAAACUCCCCACCUCCGCGUGCUGGGGAGGUCUGUGAGAAAGACAGCAACAGUGAUCCAGACUACUACGGCUAUUACACCCACUGAGGGCCUCCCGUUUCAUCACAAACUUUUCCUAACGCCCUCUCACAGCGCCCUGAGUCUGUCCAGUCUGCCAGGUCUUCAUGAUGGAUUGAAACAAACAGAACCACAAAAUAUAAGCCCUCAGAGUGAAAAACAUCCACACCGUAAAGUUUCACCUCACAAGAGUCAAAUGAUCACAGGAGGAACUCUUAAGGACAGUAGCAAAGUGAACAAAAGUGGAUGUGACUGGGACUCUGGCCUACAGUCACAUAAACACCAAACAGACAUACAGAGGUGUGACUGAAGUCUUUGAAACAUCUGGAGAUUUAAGAGGGGAAAAAAGCCCAAACAUCUGCAUAUCUGCUUGCUGACAGAUGCCUGCAGGAAUUGUCUGUUCUUUCUGCAUCAAACCCACUCCGGCUGCGGUGCCAUGUCUCGUCUGUGUCUUCCUUCGCACCUUCAACCGUUUACACAUUUCUUCACGAUGUGCUCACGUUCAUUUCUCCUGGUGAUUCUAUGCCGAAACUGGUUAGCAAAAAAAAACACAGAAAAACUCAUGUCCUCUCUAACCUUUGGCUCAUAAUAAACGAUGCAGCUCCCACUUGUGGGAGUAGAGGAGAAGUGCAGGCAGUCAGUGUAAAGGUCAAUGUCAGAGCAGGUUUUAGGACAGCUUAGCAGAUGCAUGUUAAUAGUGUGGCAGUGACGGCGAAAGCACAAUAAAACAGACACAUUAUCUGGAGGUUGCGCAGCAUCUGACAGUGAUGAUUUAUGCAUAAUGUUUAAUCAUUCACACAAAGUUGAAAACAAAGGCAGAUUCAGGUCCUUUCAUGUGUUCAAACACCUAGAAGUUUUCAGAAUUUUUUAUUAUUUUUUCUCAUUAUUACCUCAAACCUGUUUUCAAUGGCAUUCUGUGAUAGACCAAUGCAAAUUAGUGAAUACUUAUGAAGCUCAACAACUUUUUGAAAAGUAUGCAUGGAGAGACUAAAAUUUCUGACCAUUCUUCUGUGAAAAAACACCUUAAUUUAAAAUUUUCAAUCAAUUGUUAAUUAGAUGUAAUUCUUGGCCAUUCUUAAAAAUGUAUUUGUUUUGAUCCAGAGUUCAUCUCAUGCAGGAAGAUUUCCUCCAGGUUUUCUUCCUUUUUAUCUAGUUUAAUCCAUGUUCCCAACAACUCUUACCAGUUUCAGUGUCUCUGAGAAAAAGCAUCUCCACUGUAAGUUGCCACCUUUUUUUCAUGGAUGGUGUGAUCAGGAUUUUGGUUUUCUGCCUCACCGUUUUGUAUGUAGGUGAAAAAAUAGGAUUUCAUUGAACCAGAUCGCCUAAUCCUUCACCUCCUCUCUUGCCUCUAUUUUUUUAACAAUUGAUUUCUUCAAACAUAAAGCCCAGAUUUGUUGACUGUAACGUCAUUGGAUAUUCCCAUAUGAGUUAAUUGUCUCUGCAGCUCCCUCAGAGUAACCAUGGGCCUCCUUCAUGGUUUUCUGAUUAAUUGUCUCGUUGCCCAGUCAGUCAAUUUAGAUAGACAUCGUUGUCUUGGUAAGUUUGUAGUUGUGCGAUGCUCUUUCCAUUUUCAGAUGAUGGAAAUAUCACUGCUCUUUAAGUUUGGAAUAUCUGCUAUAAACUUCCAUCAUUCACCCUUUUUUUUCACUUAACUUUUAGUAGCAGCUGUAGGGUAACAAUUGAUUUAGAUAGACUGUACUUUAUGGAAAAUCUUCAAACAAGAAUAGCUGUCCACAGGCAUGCGGAUGAGGAGUGCAAAGAUUCUGAUCUUGCAAUAAUUAGUCGAUAUUAAAUCACUCCCGUCAACAGACAAAUAAACCCACAAUCAGUAUGAGCAUCAGUAACUGCCAAAUAGCAUCAUCAAGAGAAGCAUACAAGCUUUUAAAACACAAACAAAAUGACAGUCACUCUGUAGAUCAGUUGAUAGUAGGCUGUGAGGACGCCCACAUGCACCUGUAGUUAAACUGGCGAGGCGCUGUCAGCCUCAGACCACAAUAAACAGGAAGCACAAAGUGACCAGACCGACACUCUGAAUUUCCCCCCUGGUCUCAAGACCCAUCAAGUGGUGACGCUGGUUGACAGAGGCCCGGCACCUAGCCUGGUGACAGAAAUAAAGAGUGAGGCUACAGUCGGAGCUGAUCAGAGGUCUGCUUCUCACUCCUCACCAGGUGUGCUAAAUGCCUCAGACAACACCGGAGGCGACAAGCGAGCGCCUAGUGUUAUCUAUCAGGGAAAUUGCAAUGUUGACUGUCCAAGCUCAAAUUACUUACAUGUGUGAAAUGUAUGGAGAGGGCGUUAACUGAUGGAAACGUUACUACUGUAACAAACAGAAAUUCAACAACUGCCAUAUGUGGUUAAAGCUGAGUAGAAAUGCUCAUUUUUAAAAAGCAUGUUUACAUUUUAACCUCCUUGAAAAAUUGAUUAAGUCUAUAGACUGUAAAUUUGCAGAGAAAAGAAAGCGAAAUAUUUAAAAGCAUUUCUAAAACAGUUUCCAUGAAAAAAAGGUUGUUGCAUCCACCUAUCCAUUUCUUUUCAUUGUUUAAAGCCACAAAUGCACACGGAGAACAGGCAAACUCAACACAGAAAGACCCAAGGCCAAGAUUUGAACUCAGGACCUUCUUGCUGCAAGGCACCGCUGAUACCAGCCGCCCACUGUGCAGCCACAGGUUAUGUCCUAUAUAGACUAAAUAACCAUAAAAAGUAGUUAAAAAUACAUUUGACUGGUUUCAUAAGAUUCAAACUUUAAAAUGUUAUAGUAAUGCAUACAUCUAGGUGCUGAAACUAUCCUAUUUAGCCUAUUAUUACUAAAUGACACCAUGUAGCUACUUAUAGUUGCUAAUAGCUCUAAUUUACUGGUGACAUGGCAUUAGCUUAAGCUAAUCAGCAGCUUUUUGUUGUUUAUUUAAUGCCAGAAAUUAAAUAAACAGAUUAUGAAAUGUGUAUGUAAUGGUCUGAAUGGUAACAGAUGUAAUGAUUCAUUAAAUAGUAACAAGGUGCUGAAAACACAUUAGAGAGAAAAUCUCAUUAUGUUUCUUGUGUUAUAUUUCUAAAAGAAAAUGUUUCUUAUAUUUUAAUAUAUUCAUAUUUGUCAAAUGAUUAUUCUCGGGGUACAGUGAUGAAGGUUUUCCAAUGUUGUAAGGGCAUUUAAAUGAAGAUGAAAUUAAUUUAGGGCCAGGGUGCAUAUGCAGAAACAAAGAGAGAAAGUGUCACAGAAAUACCAGCCUGCAAAUAUAUCAGUUGCUAUUUUUAUUUUCUGUGGUCUCCAUGGUAUACAAAUGACCUCUCACCUACACGGCAGCAAAAUCUCACAUCAAACAACUGCAUGAAAAUGCUGUCAGAUACCUCAGGAAGGUGUUAUCUGCUGAACAUCCCAGAUAUUAUGAUAAACUUUAACCAGUGACAUGACUCCUUCAUAUUCCCAGUGUUUUUUUUCCCCUAUGGCACGUUUCCCUCUAGAUAAAAAUAGGACUGCAUUUCUGGAGAUUUUGCUGUACAGUUUAAAAAAAAAUUAAGCAGAGAGUGAAUAAAGGAGACCACAUAGCUCAAGCCACAAAUGUUCAUUUCUGUGUGUGAAAGGUUUGUGCAGUAAUUGUUCUUUUACUCAUGAGAUGCUUAUAAAUUGCUGUAAGCAAAUGAAUAAUGGAGAUUUGUCAAGGAGGAAAAAAAGAAACUUAUUUAUUGAACAUGGCAUAUGUGUAUAUUUGUUGUUUUUUUAUUAAAUUAAAGCUUUCACCUCUCAAA